GCCUUCUUCUUCACCCUCUGACCCUCUCUCCCUCUGGCUCUGCCUCCGAUUUGUCUUCUCCCCCCCGGACACCCGGGGGCGAUCCAACUGAGCCGCCGCGCGCAGCUUCCCGAAGCCUCGUCCUCGAUCGACCUGCUACGCGCCGCGCGAUCCAACAACGCCCCGUGCGCGCGCGUCGUCGUACGUGGUGAUCCGCGGCCGGCCGAGAUCGGCUGCGAGCCUGGAGGCAGCCACUUCGCGGCUACACGACGAGCGCUCCCGUCUAAAACUAACCCCAGCCCCGGAUCCUCUCUCUCUCUCUCUCUCUCUCUCUCUCUCUCUCUCUCUCUCUCUCUCUCUCUCUCUCUCUCUCUCUCUCUCUCUCUCUCUCUCUCUCUCUCUCUCUCUUUUCCAUCGAUCGAACCAUAUCCAUUUCCGCCUAUAAAUUUAGCCUCUUGCCAGCGUUUAAACCUCCCCCCUGCUUUCCCUCCAAAAGCUCAGUGAGCGCUCGUGCAGCGGCAGAAGCUUCGAGCCACCAUGUGUGAGGGGCUCUUCAGCCAGCUGCUGCCGCCGUGCCCGUGCAAUGCCAAGGACGGCGGCGCCGGGGAUGGCCGUCGGGUUGGUGCGGUCGCCGCCUCUCCGGACGUCGCAGUCGGUGUCGCGGACGACGCGGCGGCAACGUGGAAGGACCCGCAGCCGGUGUUGGCCGACAGGCCGCCGUGGUUGACCAGGGGCGGCGCGGCGAGCGAGGCCGCGUCGAUCCUGCGGCUGUCAUUGCCGAUGAUCAUGACGGGCCUCAUCCUCUACGUCCGGCCGAUGAUAUCGAUGCUCUUCCUCGGCCGGCUCGGCGAGCUCGCCCUCGCCGGAGGGUCCCUCGCCAUCGGCUUCGCCAACAUCACGGGCUACUCGGUCCUCUCCGGCCUCGCCACGGGGAUGGAGCCGGUGUGCGGGCAGGCCGUCGGCGCCCGGAAUCUCCCCCUCGUCGGCGCCACCAUGCAGCGGAUGGUGCUCCUCCUCCUCGCCGUGUCCGUGCCCGUCGCCUUCCUCUGGGCGCACAUGGAGCCGCUGCUCCUGCUCUGCGGCCAGGACGCCGCCAUCGCCGCCGCCGCGCAGCGCUACAUUCUGCUCUGCCUCCCGGACCUCCUCUUCCAGUCCUUCCUCCACCCUCUCCGCAUCUACCUCCGGACCCAGUCCAUCAACCUCCCGCUCACCGCCUGCGCUGUGCUCGCCGUCGCCAUGCACCUCCCCGUCAACUACGCCCUCGUCUCGGUCCUCGGCUUCGGCGUCGAAGGCGUCGCCCUCGCCUCCGCCCUGGCCAACCUCAACCUCGUGCUCCUCCUCCUCGCCUACGUCUACAUCUCCGGCGUGCACCGCGCCACCGGCGGUUUCACUGCUCUCUCCGAGAAGCUGUUCAAGGACGUUACCGGGUGGGUGCGGCUGGCCCGGCUCGCCGCCGAGAGCUGCGCCAGCGUCUGCCUCGAAUGGUGGUGGUACGAGAUCAUGAUCCUCCUCUGCGGCCUCCUGGCGAACCCGAAGGCCACCGUGGCGUCCAUGGGCGUGCUCAUCCAGACCACGUCCCUGCUCUACAUCUUCCCGUCCUCGCUCAGCUUCGGCGUGUCGACGCGCGUGAGCAACGCGCUCGGCGCGAACCGGCCGGGCGCCGCGCGCGCCGCGGCCCGCGCGGGGCUCGCGCUGAGCGCGCUCCAGGGCCUGGCCUCCUUCCUGUUCGCCGUGUCCGUGCGCGGCGUGUGGGCGCGCAUGUUCACGUCGGACGCGGCCAUCCUGGCGCUCACGGCAUCGGUGCUGCCCAUCCUCGGGCUGUGCGAGCUCGGCAACUGCCCGCAGACCGCCGGGUGCGGGGUGCUCCGCGGGAGCGCGCGGCCCAGGGACGGCGCGCGCAUCAACCUCGGCGCGUUCUACGGCGUGGGCACGCCCGUGGCCGUGGCGCUGGCGUUCUGGGCGGGUCAGGGCUUCCGGGGCCUCUGGCUCGGCCUCCUCGCGGCGCAGGCCGCCUGCGUCGCCGUGAUGCUGGUGGUCAUCUCCCGCACGGACUGGCCCAGGCAGGCCGAGCUCGCGCAGGUGCUCGCCGGAGUCGCCGCGCCCCUCGACGGCGACGGCGACGGCGACGGCGGGCGCGCCGAUGUGAACGGAGACGACGACGGUGGGAAAAACAUGGCGCCGCGUGUCAAUGUUGCGGCGCCCCAUGGCGACGAGGACUCGAGCAGCCUGCUCAUCACUGUGCAGGGCUGACCGGCCUGGAUCGACAGCGACGGCCGUCUACGUAUGAAUUGAAUCACGGGAAGGUAAACUCUAGCUGGUAGCUAGCUCUGGUAUAUAGUAGGUGCGAACUGUGAAGUGAAACAAGAUUUUUGCAGCCCGAACAUUUUUUGGUGGUGCGUUCGUACGUGAGGGUUGGUAGUGUCUGCUUGAGGAAAAGCACGUGUACGGUGUACGGUGUACGGUGCACCACGUUAUUGCGGAAAAACACCUGAGACUUUGAGGUGAAAAAAAGCUGGGUGUUUUCUGCAAUUACGUGGCUAUAUACCAGUAGGUCUUCAAGUGACCACUGGUCGUAUAUCUGGGUGGCCUGGAUGCAGCGCAGACAUAUAUAUUUUUGUACCUUUUUUAAUUGGGUGUUGUUGCCGUUGUAUGAUGGAUACUUACAUGUACACAGUAUAUAUACACUAUACAGAGAGGAUGCAACCAAUUUUUUGCUUCA